CAUAUGGUCACGAAUAAAAAUAAUUAAAAGUUCGUAAAUCAAAUGGAGUGUUUUGACGGGGUUACCUCGCUCGCCUUGGACUCACCAACCGUGCUCGCCCACGGAGAUUAGUACGUGUCGCAACGUGACUUGACUCAGCACCCACCCGAUAACAUAUCUGAUCUACGUGGCAAUGUAUUCAAGUCACACUAAAACCAAUCCUCCAAUUCAACUUGCAGCGGAUCCGUUCAAUUACUUGCGACCUCCAAUGCGUCAUUCGCGCCCGUCGAUUUCUCCUCUUGGCGUGACGCCAACAAACAACCGGACGCGAUCGCUCGCCAACAUGGACGGCAGAUCUCGCUCCCGUAAAGACCAUAUCCCGAAUGCUGCAGUAUCCAUCAGCUUUACCCACUGCCGCACACGGAAACGAUUCCAAAAACGAUGUGCUCCCUCGAGAAGCGCGGCCGCGUCUUUGUCCUCACCCUCACCGGCGACGGCGAGCAUCGUCUCGGUCACGAUCUCAUCGCCGCCGUCCGAUCGGCCCUCGCCCGGGUCCGCGCCGAGUCGGCCGCCGGCCCCGGCGGCUACGCCUUCGUCACCGCCGCCGAGGGCCGGUUCUUCUCCAACGGCUUCGACCUCGCCUGGGCCAACUCCGCCGGAUCCCGCUCCGCCGCCCGCGAGCGGCUCAGCUCCCUUGUCGCCGUCUUCAGACCGAUCGUAGCGGACCUGAUGUCCCUCCCGAUGCCGACGAUCGCCGCCGUGACCGGUCACGCCGCCGCCGCCGGGUUUAUGCUGGCGAUCUGCCACGAUUACGUCGCGAUGAGGGGCGAUCGUGGGUUUUUAUAUAUGAGCGAGCUCGACAUCGGCCUGCCGUUCCCCCCUUACUUCAUGGCGCUAAUGCGGGCUAAGAUCGCGGAUCCGAGGGCGCUGCGGGACGUGGUGCUGCGGGCGGCGAAGAUCCCGGCGGCGGACGCGAAGGAGAAGGGGAUCAUCGAUAGGGUGCACGGCGGCGCUGCCGAGACGGUGGAGGUGGCGGUGAGGAUGGGGGAGGAGCUGGCGGCGAGGAAAUGGAACGGAAGCAUUUACGCAUCGAUCCGGAUGGCGGCGUUCCCGGAGCUCUGUAGGGCGGUGGGGCUGGCAGAAGAGGGCGACGAGGAGAAGCCGAAGACCGUCGCCGCGAAGCUCUGAAAUCCGGCGGACCGGAGCUUGCAGCUGAUGGAUGCUGUCUUGUGUUUGGGGGAACCACCCGAUUGAGUGGCAAAGUGACGUAAUAAAAAUAUGAAGUUAGUCUGGUCCGAACGUUCCGAACCUUGUUGAUUUUUGUUGGAUGGGAAAUGCUUGGGCAAGCCCAAAGUGUGGAUAACGCCGAUAUCUCUAAACGAGGGACGCAAAACGUUAUUUGCUGUCAUAUUAUCUCCUGUUAAUGAUAUAUAUUUGUUUUCUAAUGUGAUUUCUAUAGUUAAAUAUCAGUUUGAUUCGGUCUAAUGUCUACAUUUUAUAUGUUUACAUCCUCCUUGUUUGUGACUGCUGCUACCUAACCAAGAGCAGCUCUUUCACAAAGCGUGUCUAGGAGCAUAGAGGAAUCUUUUCUGUUACAAAUUCUUGAUGAACUUGUAAUUGAGGGCGUUUGUAAUGUACUGGUA